AUGAUAUCUGUUGAAACUUUUGAUGAUGAUAAGGACAUGACAUGCCUCACGAGAAGGUAUCAAAAAGGGGAAAGGAAACAUAGAGGCUUACAAAAGGCAGAAAACUCAAACAGAGCUAUAAAUGCAAACCACCUGUGCCACAAGUGCGAAAAGCCAGGGCAUUUCAUCAGAGAUUGUCCCAUGCAUAAUUUUGAAGUAAAAACCUAUCAAAGACCUGGAGUAGAGAAAGACAAAAAUAGGGACCUUGUCCCUGAUAAGAAAGCAAGAAAAGUUGAAGUUGGCUACAUCAUGAAGAAAGCUUUUGAUGUAUGGGGAAACUCGUCAAGUGACUCAGAUGAAUCAGAAUGUCAUAGGAACAAGAAAAGGAAGGGACCUGAUCAACAGAGCAACAAGCAGAAGAAGGGACCUGGUCAACAGAAGAACUUAGAGUAUAAGGGACCUGGUCAUGCUAAUCAAUAG